GCAUCUCUUACACCUGCUCUGCCCCCAUACCUGUCCUUGGCCAGCAUAGGCUGCACACAGUCAUCUGACCAACAAGGGCUGUAAAAUCCAGUUUGGAAUUAGAGCAGAUCGGAUUUGGGAGCCAGUCGGGGGGGAGAGGGCUCAUUCCACCAUCAGUCCAAGUGGUGGUUACACAGACAGUUUUUAUACAGCAACUCCCCGUCCCUCGAUCAGGAACCCCCAUCUUUAAAUAGUCAGGAGAAACGUUUUAGCAACUUUUUCUCUCCCCCCCUUGGGAUACGGGAAGAUGGGAGCCGGAGCAAGCGCUGAAGAGAAACAUUCUAAGGAGUUGGAAAAGAAACUAAAGGAAGAUGCUGAGAAAGAUGCCAGGACAGUCAAACUGCUUCUUCUUGGUGAGUAAUUGUAUCAACCUGGCAACAUUAUUACUUGUUAGCAUUGUUACACAAAUAUUAAUGCACUUCGGUAAAGGGUCCUUGAUUUUCUAGAUUAGUUAACAUCCAGAAAAAGCACACAGGUCACCUAGAACAAACAAAUAAAAACAGAAUAGAAGAUACAACAUAGAUAGGAGAAGAAGAUAGUAGAAUCCCAUAACUAAUUAAAAGGGGAGAGGAGACAUCAUCAGAUUCCACUGGUGGAUGGACCGAUUUCUGUUUGUAUGUUUUAACCUCUCUGUGAAUGACGUUGCCAUAUUAAAUGUUUCAUAGCCUUAUUAUCAUUAUUAUUUUUACUGAUAAGGCGCCAACAUAUUCCACAGCGCUGUUUAGUAAUGACAAAUGCCGGUGAUUGAGAACAAAAGAUGACAGAUGAAACCCUGGCAUCCCAGGUGUUUGGAAACGACUUCUCCAUGAUGCUCGGGCAGCCUCUAAGUUUGCUGAGCAUCAUGGGAAAUAUGAAUCACAAAUAUCUGGACUGUGUAGGUGAGCUAUCACUGCUCUAAAGCUACACCAGUUAUGGUGUCACAUGCUGAAAAACUCCUAAAAAUAAAUAAAUACACUUUAAAUAUGAUAACAUAAUUAAUAAUGUAAUUACUAUCUGGAUAGGUCCUACUGCUCUUCAUUGCUAUAUCAGAAAAUAGCCUUAGCGCCCAGAGGCUACUAUUAUCGUAGGUGCUGCUACUAUAUCUACAAUUAAACCAAUUGCUUAGGGCCCCAACUAAUCCAUGGGCCCCUGUCUGUGGAUGUAAAUGUGUCUCCUAUACAAAUGUGUUACAGACCUCGUAUUUGGUCACAACAAUAUAAUGUUAAACAAUAAAUAUGUAACAAGUACUGUGAUAUUAUUUAGUGUAUUCAUAAAUAUAUUGCUUCUGUUAAGUACAGACUGUUCUAAAUUACCGGUAUUUUGAUUUUGGGCAUAAGGCCUCUUAAAAUCUAGAACUGCUUCAAGCCAUAGUUUAUUAUUAAGCAUGGAUGUAUGAAUUGUCUUAGCCGUGGACUCCAGAAAUCAUAGAACUAUCUUUAGGCCAAAAAGCGUCAUAGGAGUUGUAGUAUUUUGGGUGAAAUACAUUUUUGCAAUUGCUGUUUUAAUGGAAAAUCAGAACUGGUUUACUGACCCUAAUUAGACAACACACUUUGUGAAUUAGGAUUUAUAAAAUAGGGAUGAUUGGAUUGUGGAAUAUUUCAAUGUGGUUUUACAGCUUUGCUGUAUUUUCUCUGUAUCUGUACAGCUUUGAACUUGUUCUCAUGUAAACUCCAGUAUUUGAAGGGUAUUGGUAUAUUUGUAGCCGUGAGGCUGAUCCAGAAAACGAGAUAUGCACACAAAAUCAAAGCCAGACACACAGAAACAGAAGAAGAGAGUUGAGCUGAGGCAGAUAAACACCUACCAGCUCAUCCCAGCUCUGCAUUUUAUCCCAUUAAAGCUGCUAUGUCUUAACAAAACAGAGAUUUAAUCCCAAGAGCCAGUUCAGGUAGAAGGUCUGAUGAGUAACCCCUACAUGACAUGACAGUGUGUUGUAUGCACUCGUGGCAAUGUAUAUAUAAUAUAAUUUUAUUUAUUUUUUUAAAAUGUUUUUUAUGUUUAAUUCCAGAUAUUCACAAAAAUGAGAAGUGAAGAAUUGACAAGAGAAAUUGAUUUUUUUAAAUCUUUUUUUUUACAAUGUAGAAGUCAGAAACAUGUCAUGUGACAGACACAUUAAGCAAUAAAGUAUAGAUAGGUAAGAAACAGACCCCAGAGGCGAUGGCACUGACCUUGGAUAAAAGCUAACCCGAAGAUACAGUCACAGGCAUUAAAGAAUGAGGUUUAAAAAAAAACUACAAAUCUACAAAGAAGUAUAUAUAAGCAUGCAGAAACCUAUGUAUUGGACAACAUUGUUCCUGAGGUACCUGGAUCAGUUCCCAUGAGGCGGGAACUGAAAGAGAAUAUACACAGAAGGAGUAGGGAAAGGAAAUGGCAAUAACAGAAAGAAAGAAUAUAUGUAAAUCUUGUUCUAAGUGAUACAUGACAUCAUGUUUCAGAGGUCUCUACUUAAAGCGGACAUGAUCCAGGAAGUGAGACUGUCAGGGGGUAGUUAAUCAGUGACGGUGUGUGUAUUGGAGGGGUCAGUUAUAUAUGUGAUCUAGAGUGACCAAGUGGCAACAUACUUCUCAUUAGUCCUGUAACUGGAAAUAUUAAGUCAAAACAGAAGAAAUUACUAUUUUCCAAUGUUUUUCUAUCUCUGUUAUUUGGGCCUAACAUAUAUAUUGUCUUGUCAGUUUUGGACAUUUCCUGAUUUAUUGAAUAUCCCGUUACAUCAGCCACUAUUAACAAUACAAUACAGCAGGGUCCUCUUCAACCUAUUGUUGCUGUAAGUUUUCUUGUAAUUGUCCUAUUUAUAGUUAAAUCCCCCCUCUCAUAAUAUUGUAAAGCGCUACAGAACCUGUUGGCGCUAUAUAAAUGGCAAUAAUAAUAAUAAUAAUAAUACGGGACUGGAUAAAAAAUAAUUUUCUAAGCAAAAUGCUGUCACGUCACCUGAAGAAAGUUAUUCACUAAACUAGUGUUGAUGGUUAGGAAUUAAAAAUGAAUGUUCUGUUUUAGAUCAAAAUAACUGUACUGGGAAAAGUCUCCUUCAGCUAUAUUGGUUUAAAACUUUACACUAAAGUAUAUAAAUAUAUAUAUAUAUACAUACCAACAAUAGACAUUAUAUAUAUAACUAUCCACUUACUUCAGGUGGAAGGGGUUUUCAUCCACCACAACUGUAUUGGUAUGUACUUUACAAGUAACACCAAGCCUCCAUUGAGAGGCAGUAACCAACUUCAUGCUGAUGAGUUGCAGUAACAACGAAACAGCUGUCCACUGGCUUUGCUCCUCUUCCGGAGUUGUGUUUCAAAGCUGUUGUAUACAGCAGACACAUACACCAAGGAAUCCAUGUAUAAAGUGGAAUUAUGAGGCAAAAGUGUGGUUCUUUGUUGAGCUCAUUUGCAUACGCCUACCCAGAAUCCCUUGCAAUAGUGAGAGCACCGUUAAAGUGAGAUUUCUGUGGGAAAAGAAAAUCUUAUGGCUUUACUGGUGUGUGUAUUUGUGUUUAGUAUUAUGUUAAAUAUAUAUGGUCUUAAAGUUAAUUCUAUGUAGACUAUUUAUCAAGGUGUCUCGGGAAAACCCAAAUCUCUACAUAAAUCUCAAUAAACCAUACUAUAAGAGGAAUAUGAUCUGUACGUUAUAGACCUCAGCUAGAUUUUUAGGACAUGUAAUGGGACAUAUCCCAUAUUGUAGAGCAGAAUGAAGCUACUUGACGACAGGUCUACUGUGGUCUAUACAGCUUUCUAAUGCUAUACAAGGGCUUAUGUAUCAUGCAAAGUGCUCAAUAAAAACCACUGGAGACCAAUGGAGAGGACUGGCCGUUUAAAUGACUACAAAAGUUCCAUAUUAGUGAAUUUCAGUAAACAGUGGAUUGCUACACGUCCUUCAUAUUUUUAUUAAAGUUUUAAAAAAAAAUUUUUUAUUAGGAGUGAGAAAUUAGUACAUGAAAUAGUACAGUAAACAUACAGAGCAUGUAGGUUACAGUUGAAGAAAACCAGAGUCAGCCGAACAAAGCAUCGAUUCAAGUACACUUCUCUAUUCAUCGGCUAUAAGUGGAAUAGAAUGUUCCCUGUCACAGCUGGAAAGCCUUUUAAUGCAUCUUCUCCGUAAUGCACGUCAAAUCUCGCCAUAAUGCACGUCAAAUCUUGCCUGUAUAUUUAAAGGUCUGGAUGAUGGUGCCUAAACAAUUUGUGGUCACAGUUAAAAAGCUAGAAAAGUUUACAGAUUGGUUAUUUGGACCAAAUGUGCAAUUCCUUUGUUGUCUCCCUUACCCCCCUACCCCCCACCACAUUUCUCAGUUUAGUUAAUAAACCCCUCUCCGUUUCUUGCAAACUUUCUAAAUCUCUAAAAAGACCUUACUGGCACAGGCAGUCUUGUUGCCGUGCCGACGUCCUUAUGUAUGCAGAGUCAAAAUCAGAAAAUACAAUUAAAUUGUGCUGCAACCCCCAAUCCAAAAUACCAAAACAUUUUAUUGCAUCCAGCAAAGGCUUCAAUUAAUUAAUCUUCCCAAAUGAUUCAAUGCUGUUAAAAAAAAUUGCAGUGUUUGUAGUGUUUUGCAUGUAACUCCACCUUUGGCAGCGUCACAAGGUUGUCAUCAGCCAGUCUGGAACUAGAGUUCUGGGCUGGCUAAUGUUGAUUCGGUGCAUAUUUCUAUUCAUAGAAUGUCAGUCAAUGGCUGAGAGCGGUCAACUGACACCGGAAGCACGUCACCAGACCACCAUGGACCAUCGGAGCCUGGCAGGGACCCAUGUAAGGGGGCAAACUGUUGCUAAACAGUUUUCCCCAUUACCAGGGAACCAGGCUAGGGUACUCUUGGCAUCAUAUCCACUGCAGCCCCUUGUACUGGUUAUGGUACUUAAACUAACAUUUUAAGGUCACUAAACUGGGAAUUGUGGGAAGAGAGAAUCUUAUUCCCAAAUUUUAGGGCAUAAUUGAUUUGGAGGUCAUUUUUAUUUCAGUUAUUUUGGUUAAAAUUUGCUGCUUUCUUCAGUCAAUUCUUUACAAUGUCUAUUGGCAGGAAUACACCUGUGAUGCACAGGCAUUCCAUAAUACACUUAUAAGUUGCACACUAUCAUUGUAAUAUUUUAUGAUACACCCCCACUGUAACACUACAACCCACAUUACUUGUCUCCUGUUUAAAUUCUAUUUUCAUAUCUUUUUUGUUACAGGAGCUGGUGAGUCCGGAAAAAGUACUAUUGUAAAACAGAUGAAGUGAGUAUAAAUAGACGCACACUGCCCAGCCUGCUUCUAGAUUCCCAUACUGUCCCCUUCAAUGUCUUUCUACAGUCUUUCUUUAGACUCCCACACCCAUCACUCACAUUUUUGUUUUUAAAUUCUUUAUUUUUGUAGUGUGAUAGCAGAAUUACAGGCAGGUGAGACAUGAUGUUGGCAUAAAACAUAAAAACUUUUGACAACAAGGCUAUGCAAUAAACGUCAGGAUUUUUGCACCAUUUUUAAAAUGUGUAAUGCAGUGUACCCCCUAGAGCAGCAAGUUAGGGCAGCUUAACCAAGUGCUAGAAGGGUGAUUUAGAAAAUAGAACAUGGUGCACAAGGAUACACCUCUGAUCAUGCCUUUAGUAUAGAAAAGUCACCUGACUCCUGUCUCCACGAGCCUGUUCUUUAGCAGAUUUUUCACAAGUAGGUUGCGGUUGGUGGGAGCGUCAAUCCAGCUUGUGAUGUGCAGCCUCAGCAUACCAGGGUCGCAGAGCUGUCUGCCCACGAGCACCAAGCCGGUGUGGUGGCAGGUGGCACGUAUAUCAGCAGGGCCGCCACCAGAACACCGCGACUGAUACAAAAGGGCACAGAUACAUACUAAAGACACACAUACUGAAACAGACAUACAGACAUGCAUACAGACAUACAUAGACAUACAUACAGACACACACACAGAGCUCAUUUUCCAGCCACCCUCCUGUCUCUUACCUUGUCUUUGCAGGAGGGCGGCUGGGGCUGAUGGGAGUCGGCGUGGCUCUCCCUCACUGCCGGGCACGCGCUCCUCCCACGCGGAGUGAGCUGGGAGGAAGUGACCACUUCCUCCCAGCAGCACGUGCUGCGGCUGCUUUUUGUUUUUUAAAGGCCCCUGAUACCACGGCCACAGCGCCGACUGGGCCCCUGAAGAUAUAAGGCCCAUCGGUUGGCCCUAAGUGCGUGAGUCACCCGAUGGGCCCCAUCAGUGCGUGGGCCCCGGUGCAAGUGCACCGGCGGCAGUUCCGCCGCUACACGUGGGGCCCGAAAUGGUUGUCACCCCUUGAUGGCGGCCCUGCAUAUCAGCAUGAAAGGGAGAGGUGCCAGAGGCUCGUGGACCAGGUGAGUCGCAGCAGUCCAGCAUGUGGAGAGGUCAGCAUUCCGCGUUGGAAAGACGGGCAUCCGGGCUCACGAAAGUCCUCUAUUUGAGGCAGGCCCAUGUCGGGCGCAGAUAGCAUCAGAGGCACUGAGCCAAGAUUUCACAUGAAAGUGUUAUCGGCGCCUUGUUGUCAGAGUCGACAUCUUGGAUUUGUUAGGAUCGGUUAGCAGGCCAGCCGAGCAGGCGGUAACAGAAGCCAGUGAAGCUGCUCCAAGGUGGGACCUGGAUAACCUCCACUGGUAAGAAUGGGGGUGGAAACGGGACCCAUGAGGAGUAUCACAAAGCAAUUACAUGGUAGCUAAGUGUUUGAACAGGGAGGCGGCAGUCCGCCCCGCCCCGCUAAUCUCCCGUGUAGGCCGCAGGCACCACAGUUUCGUGUACCCUCCAGAGGCCCCAAAACUCCCGAUCUUGGAAUUUGCAGUAGCGCCAAUAAGUGUCUGGUCACAAUGUGGUAGAUCUCAAAUAUAGCAGAGUGCUGUGGAUUUCAGCUGAAAGGGCCAGAUUCAGCAGGAGCCUCUGUUGCGUGCGCCCGGUCAGCAUGGUGAUCAGGCUCCGCCCCCAUCACUCACAUUUUUAAAAAACAAAAUUGAAUUAAUUCUGCAAUUUUCCCUCUAUUCCCAUACUAAUACCCCAUCACUACCACCUUCAUAUCUACCCAUCAGUCAUACAAAAUUACCUCCUACAAUAUUCCCUCUAUCCCCAGACUGCUACGCCAAUCACUCCAUCACUCAAAAUCUGGGCAGGGGAGUAAGGGGAGAGGUUAGCAAGCAAUUUUUAGAUACACUCCUCAAUGAUAAAAUGCAUAAUUAAAUGCAUUAAUUUUUGGGGGUACAUCUAUUAAACAGUGACUGAUUAAUUUAUUUUGUAUUUGGACAGUUGAGUGUCCCUUUCAUGCUCUUGUGCCAUUUUCUUCACUAAUACUCCACAUCCUUUAGUGCCCUCAUCAAUGCCACACACAUGCCUUUUACUUUCACUUCAACCCCAUGUCUGCCAUUUUCUGUUUGCCCAUAGAAUUAUCCAUCAGGAUGGUUACUCCGUUGAAGAAUGUUUGGAAUUCAUCUCCAUUAUUUAUGGAAACACCCUCCAGUCAAUGCUUGCCAUUGUGAGAGCCAUGAACACUCUGAAUAUCCAAUAUGGAGACCCUGCCCGGCAGGUGAGUGGAUAAUUAUUCCUAUGUCCUUGUGAAUGUGCAUGUGAACCUAAAGGGACACUCCAAGUCUAACUGAACCCAUUCCAUUUUAAAGUAUGACAUAAAAAUGCAAAUAUGUGGAAACAAUGUGUUAAGUAUAAUAAAAUGGCACUUUAAUGUUCUUUAACGCAGAUGAGCCUAUCCCAUAGCGUGUGUUUUAUGGGCAUAGCCGCAAUUUCUGGGAGUUGCUGUUCAGCUGUGAGCUUUGUACUUUGGCCAAGGCAAGUGGGGAACUGGCUUUAGGCCUUGCAUUUUUAGAGGCCCUGCAGGAAUAAGCACCAUGUUAGGGAGGUUCUCACCAUGAAAUCUCUGGUCCUGGGCAGAACGUUAACCACUAGCUGUUACUAUCAGUAACAUUGAGAUGAGCAUGAAGUCAUAUUCUGGCACCCUCUGAAAGUCUGAUAUGCAGUGAGCCAAAUGAGAGCAAGAGGAAGCAAGUCGAUCUGUACCUAUCAGGACAGGUCUACCUCUCCAGCAUGGAGUCUCUCCUUCCUUGAAAAAGUCAGUGAGUGUGAAUGAGUAUGUGUCAGUCAGUGAGAUUGUGUAUGUCAGUACGUCAGUCAGUGAGUCUAUGUGAGUGAGUGUGUCAGUUAUUGAGCGUAUGUGUGUCAGUUAGUGAGCGUGUGUCAAUCAGUGAGUCUAUUGUGAGUGCGUCAGUUAUUGAGUGUGUGUGUGUGUGUCAGUCAGUGAGUAUGUAAGGGUGAACUAUGAUUCAACACGCAGAACCCAAGUUAACAAUGCAUAGAAAAGGAGACUAAUAUGUAUUACUGGGCCUUAGAGUGGCCAGAGGUAACGCAACGGCCAACAACAGAAAGGACACCAGUAGGAGGCACGACUGCAAAGAAGGCAGUCUGACGCGGAACCUGCAGUAAGUUAAUGGCGCUGUGACAGUAUGUAUGUGGGUGAGUGUGUCUGACAGGGAGUGUGUGUGUGUCAGUCAGUAAGUAUAUGUCUAUGUUAGUCAGUGAGUGUAAUAAAUAAACCCAAAGCACACCAAAGACAGUUGCAUAUAAGAAAGGUUUUAUUCAUACAAUAUAACUGUAAAAUUAUGUAUACAAUACAAAGUGUGAGUAUACAGUACAGGCAUGCGAACAGUACAAAACAUACAUGAAGCCACAGAAAUCUCAAUAUAAAGUGCUCAUAGGCAUACUGACCUAAAGCAGGAGAUAAUAGGUACCCCAACAUUUUGGCACCAGAGGGGAUCCAGCGAGUGCUCCUGAUCCCAAGACACCACUAACUUCGGCAAUUCUCCAGCUGUGAUCCUUGUAGAUUUUUUUGGCCACUCAAAUCAUUUUCUUUACAGUGCAUAUAUAGACAAUAUAGACACAUGUCCUGCUCCAGGUUGGUUCAUAACAUUUCCAGUUGACUGUAACUUCUUAAUUAUUGCUCUGAUGGUGGAUAUGUGCAAUUUUCAAUGCUUUUGCUAUUUUCUUAUAACCACUUACCAUUUUGUGAAGCUCAACAACCUUUUGCCACACAUCACAGCUAUAUUCCUUGGUCUUGCCCAUUUUGAUGAAUGACUAAUUAGGCCUAUUUGUUACCUCAUAUUUAUUCCCCCGUGAAACAGGAAGUCGUGGUUGAACAACUUCCUGUUCCUCAAAUAUAUUUUUCUCAAAUUAAUUCAAUUCAUAAAGUAUACUACACUAUAUCUAACUCUAUAACUACCCUAACCUUAACCCUACACUAUAUCUAACUCUAAAACUACCCUAACCUUAACCCUACACUAUCUCUAACCCUAACAUAGCAUUAACCCUAAUCCAGCAUUAAACUUUACCCUACAUUAACACUAACCCUACUACACCACCCAUAACCCUGCCCUAAUACUAAACGUACCCCUACCCUAACACUACCUCUAAUGCUAAGCCUAUCACAGAGGGAUUUCCUCUCCUGACAACAAUACUAACAUCAGUAGAGGGGUUUUCCAGCUCACACAGUACAGAGAGCCCCGUGAGUUCGGUGUUCUGGGAUACUGCAGUAUGAGAAGGAGAUCUCUCUCUGCAUGCUGUCCUUGCUGAUUACACAGUGGGCAGGGGGGCUUGUCAGGAUCUCAGACCGGAGUCAGGGUGAGAUACACUGUGGCUGAGCCCAAACGUGGAGCCGCUAUGACUUAAAGGAGAAGUAAUUUCCCAUUAAAGUUUUCCUUCCACCUAAAUAUUUGCACACGAUGACGCAAUGUGUCUUGGGUCACAUGUACAAAACGAUAUUUUUUAAAAUACUGAAUCUGGCCCAGACAGUAUCUAAAUAUUGUUAUAUUUAACAUAGAAUGCAGUGGAGGGAGAGAUGUUAUGAAUGGCCAUAGAAUUGUCUGAGUAGCUGUUUCUCUCACGCAGGACGAUUCCCGUAAACUCUUGCACCUGGCGGACACCGUUGAUGAAGGCUCGAUGCCAAAGGAGAUGUCUGACAUCAUUGGCCGCCUAUGGAAAGAUACAGGCAUCCAGGCAUGCUAUGACCGUGCAUCCGAAUACCAGCUUAACGACUCAGCUGGCUAGUAAGCGAGUAUUUGAUUUGUCAAUGUACUUUUCUGUAUUUCAGACUUGGAACACUCAUUACAGUGGCUGUGUUUACACUAUAAACUUAUCCCUGCAAUGUUACUUUUAGUUAGUAUCUGUUUUUAUUUUUCCAAGCAACAGUGUUAUUCAAUAACAUGAUAAUUCAAAGGGAAUUUCAAAUUUAAGAUUAAAAUAGCUGAACUUGAAAAAUGUAAAAAAAAAAAAAAGUCAGCUAUUCUGAAUACAGCUAUUGCCUAAAACUAAUAAUUCACUUUGAAUUCUUACUUUAGUGAAUAAUUCUGCAGAUCUGCGAUGUCCAUACUCCACUCAUCUCUGAUAUCAAUUCAGUGAAUACAAUAUAUUUAUUCAAAUCAAUUCCCAAGCUUUCCCAAGUGCGCCCCAACAGGUGUGUUACUUAAAGGGACACUCCAAGCAGCCCUUUUUACUCACCUGGUUCCAGCGCUGGGAGCAUCGUGAAGCCGCGCCCCAUAUUUCGUCAAAAUGACGAAAUAGGCGGGCGCGAGCAGGGAGCAAUCAGAUGCUUCCAUUCGAAAGCAUCAUUGCUCCCUUGUGCGCAUGCGGGGCUUCGAUGCACACGCGCACAUCGCACAUACGCCCACCCCCUCUCCUCUGCUGACAGGCAGGAGAGAGAAGGCGCGCACACAGUGCCUUCUCUCUCCUGCACACGUCAGACGUAUUUUAAUACGUCUGACGUGUACAUGGCCUUUUUAGGGCCAUACAUGAUAGAAAGUCCCUCUGGUGGCCGUCUGAGUGACAGCUACUGGAGGUAUUCCUAUCAAUCAAUGUAAACACUGUAUUUUCUCUGUGUUUACAUUAGAUUGCCUGCAGGGAGCUAUGGAUCUCACCUGAACAAAUACAAUAAGCUGUAGUUGUUCAGGUGACUAUAGUGUCCCUUUAACUCUUUGACUACUUACAUGGUGGGAAGCCAGGACAUGCCUACACUAUAAACACGACACUGCACUGUGUGGAUAUGAGGCUUACAGUAUCGUUUUAGUAUUUAUUUGUUGGAUAUUAUUAUUAACUUGUCUGAUAUCUUUUCUAAUUCUUUCAGUAACUUUAAAAGCUGUGAGCUUUCAUUAGUACCCUCUCCAAAUUCAUUGUCUUGUUGGUUAGCAACCAACAACAACAAAACAAAAUUAAAUUUUAAAGGACCACUAUAGGCACCCAGACUACUUCAGCUCAAUGAAGUGGUCUGGGUGCCAGGUCCCCCUAGUUGUAAGCAAAAUACGUAAAAGCCUCUUAUGUAAUAUAAAAGACACCAGUGGUUAAAAAGGGGGUAAUUAUAAAAAUAAGUUACCCUAUAAAAUAGUAGAUGUUUAGAAGAUUCCUCGGAUCUUCUGAAUAUACAUUUACAUAGAGAAAUAAACAACUUACAAAAUAAAAGCAGAAAGGACCACUAAUGGUGUAGACCAAAAAACACCAGAUAAUAGCUAGUGUAAUAAUGUACUCACCCCUAGUUUUAACCCUGCAGCUAAAAACAUAGCAGUUUCAGAGACACUGCUAUGUUUACACUGCAGGGUUAAUCCAGUCUCUAGUGGCUGUCUACCUGACAGCCUCUAGAGGCUGCUUCCGCGAUUUACACGGGGUAAAUCGCACUUAUUUGACGCUGGAUGUCCUGACAGAGUCCAGUGUCAAAAAAGAUCCCCAUAGGAAAGCAUUGAGCCUUUAUACAUGCUAUAGCCAGCUCUAGCUUAAUAGGUGUAUAGUGGUAUAAUCCCCACUUCUAGGAUAUGGUGGAGGUGGACACUUGCUGUAUGCCUAUUACGCUAGAGCUGGCUAUAGCUCGCAUAAAUGUGAGUAUACUACCAUUAUUUCUAUCUCUAAUCACAUUUAUUGCACUAUCCGCUGUCCUUCGUUUUUUGUCUUUUAUAUAUGCAUACUGAGCGCUCGGCUUAAUUGACUCAUUGUUUCAACUGUGGAUUUUUCAUUUUUCUAUCAAGUACUUUAUAUUAACUCUCAUCUAUGACUUAUAGUCACCUAUACAAGAGGAUCUCUUACUAGGGCUAUCUGUACUAUUGAUAUUAUCUGUAUAUAUAUUUUUUUAUCUUUGGCGCAACCUUUCCUUGUCUUCUCUUGAUUUACAUUGCAAAGCCUGCAGAAAUAUGCUAAAGACACCUCACCCACUACAUUAAGCUGUAGUUGUUCUUUCGACUCUAGUGUCUCUUUAGAUAAAGGAAUUUGGUGAAGCAUUGGUUGCUCAUUUACUAGCCAAGUGCUUGUAUGUGUGAGUACACACAAGCUGUUAGUUGUUAGCACAGGGCUCAGAAUUUCCACCUGUCACUAGCGAGUAGCAAGUGAAAUUUAAUCAUGGCGACUAAAGAAUUUACCCCUAAUGAAUAUGCUAUGGGCUCUCAGUGUUUGCAGUGGAGAGAGUGGAGAGUGGCUAGUAGUGAUUUUGGGGUGUUCUGACAUUUUUGUCCUCUUCUUGGACCCCAGUUACUUGAAUGAUCUGGAGAGGUUGGUGACUCCUGGUUAUGUCCCCACUGAGCAGGAUGUGCUGAGAUCAAGAGUGAAGACCACUGGUAUCAUUGAAACACAAUUUGGCCUAAAAGAUCUCAACUUUAGGUAAAACCACUGACUCUUAUUCUACCUAUCUGCUUCUAGUGAUAAUCCUCCCCUGCCAUGUUCCCUUUUAUCCAUACCAUCUCCUGCUACAUAAUCCUUUAUCCAAAUUAUGACCUUGCAUAAACUUGUUUACCAACGCUCUGUACUCACAUGUUCCCCUUUAGCCCUAUGGCCAAAUUCUUCUCUGUAUUGAAGCUCUUAAUCAUGCUCCGUAACACUUUAUCCACAACCUUCCUUCCAACAUUCACUAAUGUUGACCAUUAGCCAAACCCUGCUGAGAUAACCCAUUACCCAGAAUUUGUCCUGCAUACUUUACCCAAAUCCUGCUUUGGCACUUAAACUUUAUCUACACAUAGUUACAUGGUAAUCUAGGUUGAAAACAGACUCAAGUCCAUUGAGCUCAAUCUUUGAAACAUAUAUUUGUAUGCUGUCAAUACAAAUAUUGCCAAAAAACACAAUUGGAAGUGCUGGACUUUGAUGCCAAAAAAGGGGAAAAGUUUAUUUUUGACUCCAUAAUGGUGAUCAGAAUUCUACUUGGAUCAACAAUCUGAAGCCUUGCAAUACUUUACCCUAACCCACCACUUUACACUAUCCUUGUCCUAUCAUGAAAUAUGCCAUUCAAAAGUGAGUUUUGCCCUGUUGUACCUAGCUGUAACUCUGUCCUCUCACACAGCCUUUUAUUCAGUUCCUAUCUAAUAAUACACCUAGCAAUCCGGCUAUACCUUUUACUUCUUGCCCGCUACAUGACUCUGAUGAACCUGUCUGCUGGGUAUUACAGCAUUAGUAUUGUUCCUAUUCACAGAAUGUUUGAUGUUGGUGGACAGCGCUCUGAGCGUAAGAAGUGGAUUCACUGCUUUGAGGGGGUGACUUGUAUCAUCUUCAUUGCGGCACUGAGUGCCUACGAUAUGGUACUGGUGGAGGACGAUGAAGUGGUAAGUGUACAGGAGAGAAAAAAUAAACAAAACAAGGACAGACUAAAAAAACAGACCAUACAAAGACAGGUUGUUCACUAGGGGAUAUCUUGAGUAGAGAGUUUACAGAUAUCUGACUAUUUCAUCUGUGAGUAAUGGACAGAGAGCGAGGUCUUGAUGGAGAGAGACCAAGUUAGGAAGAUAGUAGGAUACAAAAGUCAGUAGGUUACAUUACCACUAACGUAGGGCCCUGUACAAACUCCUUUCAAGUUCUAUAAAUAUUUUUCUGAUCUCUUUGAUGGCUCCCUGUUAGUUUCUGUUGCAAUCUUAUUUCCCCUUACUGUGUUCCAUUACCCUUGAUGCAUACCCCAGCAUCUAUUAUUACUCCAUAUAUCAGUUGCACAAUACCCUGAAGUACUUAGAACCUUUGCCCCACAAUUGCGACAAUCAACAAAUUAAUACACAUGCAGGUCUUUCAAAACAUUGAAAACAUUUCCACAUUUGAUGACCUUUCAGUGUCAUUUUAGUUGGAUCCUUAAAAUCUAAAAUGCACAAAAUGUUUUUAUGGAAUAAAUAUCAGAGAACAAACAGGCAAACACACAUCUAAGCGUUUUUCACUUAUGUACUAACCAGCCACAAAAUAAGACAAAAAUUAUAAAAUGAGCCAUACAAGAUGACUUUGUAUGAAUGUAUACUAAGCAUUUCCAAACAGGUACAUAUUUCUUCUCUUCACAGAACCGCAUGCAUGAGAGCUUGCAUCUCUUCAACAGUAUUUGUAACCACCGUUACUUUGCCGCCACCUCCAUUGUACUCUUCCUCAACAAGAAGGAUGUUUUCACAGAGAAGAUUAAGAAGGCUCAUCUGAGCAUCUGCUUUCCAGACUAUGAUGGUGAGUCUACCUAGCAUUUGCUUGUUGUUGGAAUAUUACGUGUAUAAAAUAGUGUCAGGAUAAACUAUAACCCACCAUGCAGUGCGUAAGUCAGUAAAUAAAGGGUCUAUAGAUGUAGGUGAAAAAUACAUAUUACUGGGCCUUGGAGUGUCUGGAAUUAAGGCCAACUAGAAUAGUCUGAGACAAGCCAGGUCAAGAACACAGAAUGAGACGACUACGAUAAGACAAGCCAAAGGUCAAGAUGGGAGGUGGACCAAAGCAGCAUCUGCGCCAUGGUAUGAGACUGCCUAUAGAUACACAUGGUGUGGCUGUGCAGAUCAGGUUCUGCCACGUGACCACUAAAAUCCGGCACUGUGACAAUUGUUGUUAAAGAGCUUUGUUCUAGUGAUUUGACCACCUUCCACUGUUAUUCUUCAAAACUUUCAGAUUCAAAGAUCUAAUAACCUGGGGGCCCAAUUUUUUUUUUAAAGAGUAACAAUUCUUUAAGAAAUAAAGUAAUGUGUAAGGCCAAAAACCUUAAGAGAUGGGUGUCUCGUAUAAACACUAAUAGCAGAAAAUAAUAAAGAAGCGUUUCUAGAGUCUUGAUCGGUUGUCCAUUUAAUCAAGAGGUUUCAUCCCCUCAAUAUGAAAGAGUCUACAUCAAAAAGAAAAAAGUGGAAGUAUAGAAAGUAAAGAUGUAACUCCAACUCUAGAGAUAUUACAGUAAUCUCUGGAGUUGGUGUUAUAUUUUUACUUUAGCUCGGAAGUAGGGCACUUAUAUGCCUGAUCUAUAGAACCUGGUCAUGGCUCUCAAACAUGUGAGUGGUUUUGCAUUAGAGAUAUACCACUCAUAUGUUUAUCCAUGUUGCACCAUGAAGCUGUUUCCAUCUUUUUAGUUUUGCAAUGAUAUAUUAUAUGUUUAUCUAAAAAAAGAUUCAAUAUUGUAAUAUGCUCUUUAACGUUGUACACUCACACUUUAUUUGUUUGUAUUAUAGUUAGUUAUUAUGAUGACUGAAAGUAGUUGAGGUAGUGGCCCACAGCAACUUGCAUGCUGGGAACUAUUGCUGCUCUGAGAUUCUUUAUUAGCAUUAAUAGAUUAUAUACCUUUAUUUAGGUCCUAACACAUAUGAAGAUGCUGGAAAUUAUAUCAAGACACAGUUUCUAGAGUUAAACAUGCAACGGGAUGUGAAGGAAAUCUACAGUCACAUGACCUGCGCCACAGACACAGAGAACGUCAAGUUUGUGUUCGAUGCGGUGACAGACAUUAUCAUCAAGGAAAAUCUAAAAGACUGCGGUCUGUUCUAAGGAGGUAUGAACAUUUAGUAAAACAGGUAGAAACAGAAAUAAAUACGUUAGAUACUCUAAUUAAAAUAGCAACACCCAAAAUUACCAAAUGAUAAUGAUCACCUUCAUCAAAUAGAGUGCUAUUGUUUCAAGUCUGCAUCGUGGUUUAAGAUAGGAUAAAAAUAAAAUAGCUGUACAGUCAAGGUUGUGCUUGAUAGCAAUAGUAUUUAACGGUUUCUCCAACCCUUUCUUGUGCUAAAUAGUACAAUGACCUAUUGAAAUUAUUCUAUAGGUCUGCUCAAAAGAAACGCUCAUAGAGUAUUUAAAUAAGUUAUUACUUGCCUUAAUCCAGCACCGGGCAAAGCUCUCAGUAAUGGUUGGCAUGCUACUAUUUGACCUCAUGGGAGCCCCACCGAGGUCUAAACAACCAUUCAUUGGAGGAUUUAAUGUGCUCAGAGCGCAUGCGCACACUCUGAACCAACGACGGGAGGGGAAAAGAGAGUGAUGGACGGAAAAGAGGAGGAGGGAGACCGGGGCAUAACAUAUAUAAAACAUAUAUUAGCGGAGGGGAUAGGAAUGUGGGAGGUCUGCUUUCAGUGUGUGAGCGAUGUAGGGAGGGGAGACGAGCCUCGACGUGCAGGCUUUGCCUACAAGGGAGAAGCAGUUACAUCUGUGUGCAGUGCAUGCUAACGACUGCCAUAAAAUAUACACAGAAUCUACAAUAGGCAGUCCUGAACAGGGUUCCUCUGAGUACAACUAGCCUCAGCACACACUUAACAAUAACUCUAGAUGUGCAAUGUUUCAAGCUGAAAUAUUGCACAUCCAGUCUCCUACCACCAUGAUCACUUCAAAAAGCAGAAGUGGUCAUGGUUGUUGGAGUAGCAAUUUAAUUGCAGUAGACAAUAGACCAAGGGUAGGCAACCAUCAGCAGACCAGACAUUGUAAACUUCUGCCAAAGUAUCAGGCAAGACGUAGUCCACAACAUCAGAAAUGCGAAGGUUGCACACUCUUCCAAUAGGCUAUACCAUUAUAAACUAUACCAUUAUUUCACCUCUCACACUUCUUGUUUUGUUUCAACAGAAUUCUGCAGAAUUUACCUUUGUUUCCCUUAUUGCCCCAGCAACCCCUGAGUGAGCCCCUCAAGAAUGGAGUAUGCACCCUGCACAUCCUAAAGAGGGAUCUCCUGCACCACCAGAAGAAUGAAUCAGCAACUACAGUGUUGUGAAUUAUAGAAAUACCUGUCCCCUGAUCAACCAUAAAAGAUCAGGGACUCCAUAUUCCUUCAGACGCUCCUCAUAGUAAAUUUUCUCUCUGUCCAUUGGCUCAUAACCUCUGCAAAAGACAUAUAAUUGUAGCAAAGUAUCCCCCCCCCCAAAAUACUUCACUCUUAGAAGAAUCUCUAAUGUGCAAAUAACUUGUCACUUCAGCAGACAGAGGGUAAAAUGUCCAAAUCGCUUGUCAUUUCAGCAGACAGAGAGUAAAAUGGCCAAGUUCCUGGGACAAUGGUGACAUUGUAGGCCUAAAGCAGUAGGAGAGUCAAAUGGAGCGUUGAUAUGGAGAAAACCAUAUAGCUUUUAGUGUUAAAGGGACACAUCAAUCUGUGGGAGCUGCCUGCCUGCUUCUAAGGUACAUUAAUUAACAGGUUGGAGUACACUGACAGAUGUGGUCCUUUAACACUUCCAGUAUUUUGUUGCUGGUCUGGAGAAUGAAUGAGGGAGUCUUGACACUUUCUACGCUAUUUUUUUCCUUUUAUUAAUAAUUUAAUUAUCUCAUUCUGCUUUUAUACUAAAAUCUCUUUAAUUCCCAUACAGAAUGUUUUACUUUUCUGAGCAACAGUGUAUUUCCAACCAUUAUGAUGGGAAAACUAAAGGCACUUUAAAUUUGUUCAAAUUAUCCAUUGUAUUUAACCUCUGUGUUACAAGAGGGGACGCUUUAGCAGUAAUGUAUUGAAUCCUACUCUUUCCAAAAAUGAACUAAGUUUUGUACUUAUUAGCUUGAAAUGAAGAUCGGUGAACAGGGGCUUAAUACCUUGCUCUUCCUAUAGGGUACCUGGCCUGUAUGUAUGUAAUUUAUUUUUCUAAGUAAAAUGGCAUGUAACUUAAACUGCUCUUUCACCCAUGGUCCAAUGUCAACUGUACAGCUAGACUAUAGAUGCUGUUUCAGGCUUCUCUUAAAUUAAAUGCCGUUAAUAGGUGGAACAAUGUCAGAAUCUGCUUGUUUCAUUGACUGUAUCUGUCAGUUGUGUUGAAAUCUUGAUAUAUACAGGUUUACAGAAACUGGAUUACCUGGUUUGGGGCACCUGAGCUUGUAAAGAAAGUCUGGUUUAAGGUAUACAACUACAGUGGAUUUCUGUGCUUUGGGAGAAUAUAGUAUAAAUGCUGGAGAUCCACACUUAUUGCUUAGUUAAAUGAUGGCUUCACUAAUGCCCUAAAAGACUUAGAGAGAGAUCCAUAGAUAUAGACAUGGCAGGUUACAUAAAGUAUUAAAAGGAAUGUGAGAGUCAGAGGGUAUAAGAGAAGAUGAUUGCCAUUGCCAUGUCUUGUAAUCUAUUUAAAAUGAGCAAUGGUGCACUGGAUGAUUCCCCAAAUAGUGAAUCAUUUAGUGAUGGAGUUGGUUGCUAUACUUAGUAUAUCCACUAGAUGGCAAUAACACUCAGCAAGAGAAUAAACCUAUCAAGAGCCACAGAACACUUCUUUAUACAUACUCAAAUGACAUGCACAGCUACAAUUAUAAACACAUCGUAGACAUAAAUUAUAUAGAAUACAUGGUCCAAACUUACAGAACACUCAAAAUUUGUUUAGUUUUUAGCAUAAUAACAAAUCCAAACAUAGAAUAAUAAAAGUCUUUAUCAAAAUAUGGCUGUAAAUGUUUUUAUUUAGAGAAGUCUAAGGACUAUUUAUGUCCUAUUACAUAUGAGAUAUAAUGGCUCAAAUUAAACUUCCUGGUUCAAUAAUUUGAUAUUAUUAUCAUCUUUACAAUUUUUUUAAAUAAAUCUCUUCUCGCUUAGCAUGUUAAUUUGCAGGUCCUGCCAUAAAACAUGAUUGAUAGAUCAGGCCAGCCUAAAUUCAACCAAAGUAUGAUGGAUUGUAAGGAAAAUUAGGAAAAUACCUGAACUGGGAAAAUUCUCUAAGUCAGUUAUACUUUCACGUUUGGCUAAUCUGAUCUUAAAGGGAUCCUAUAGUGCCAGGAAAACAAAGUCAUUUUCCUGGCACUACAGGGUUAAUAGGUCCCUCCCUCCUUGAGUCGUCCCCCCCCUCCCUCCCGCAGGGCUAAAGGGGUUAAAAUCCCUUCAGCCACUUACCUGAAUCUAGCGCCGAUGUCCCUCAGCACUGGGUCAGGCUCCACCCACGCUCCUCCCCCGCAGCCGUCAGCCAGCGGGGGAAAUAUAAUGCGCAUGAAUUCAAUGCUUUCCUGUGGGGAUCAUCUGACGCAGGAGGUCAGUGAGGACAUCCAGCUUCAGAUAACGGACCAAAAGUCCGUUUGGAUUCCGGAAUCGUCCCCAGUGUCUGUCUGGUAGACAGCGACAGACGCCAGACUUAGAGCUGCAAUGUAAACAUUGCAGUUUCUUUGGAACGGUAAUGUUUUACAUUGCAGCACUAAGUGCAAAAGGGACACAGCACCCUGAACACUUCAAUGAGCUGAAGUGGUCUGGGUGCCUACAGUGUCCCUUUAAGUUUGAAAUUCACUUUGAAUUCUCGCUCUAGUAAAUAACUGUGAGAAUUCAUGUUGAAUUCUUGACGCCUCUGACUAUAAUUAAUAACCUUAUAAGUAAGCCUUCAAAAAAGGGGACAUUGGAACUAUAUAUUGCCAGAUGAUGUUAUCUAUGUUAGAGCCACUUUAUUAUACUUUCUUUUGAACACAUUACAUAGAACUAUAUAUCAUGGAAUAGAAUUUUUGUUCACUCUUUUACUGGGGAGCAUUGUUCUCUCUCAAUCUCCUACACCUUCUCUUGUGAUUUAUAGUGGUGAGUAACUUUAGAAUAUCAUUGCUCUAUAUACAGAUAAUAUGUAGUGUAUUUAAUGCAGAGAGAUAUUUACUAAAGUGUGGAUUUUCAAGAAUUACAGGUGGAUUUAAAGCCUGAGGAUAAAUUAGCAAAACAGAAGAUUUAGCUGACUUGGAGAUUAUUUUCCAGUUGGCAAUUUUGGCCUUAAUUUUGAUCUUCACUAUUCAUUUUGAAAAUUUACAACUUAGUACAUUGCCUCUGUAUAGAGUUGUGAAUACGGACUAACCAAAGAAAGCUGUGGCAACCAUUUUAGGCACUCAAAGGAAGGCUUAGGGCAUAAUUUACAUUCUCAUACAAGUAUACUAUACUUUAUAAUUAAUUUAAAUGCAUACUCAGAUGCAGUAAUGCUAUAGAUAAUAUGAGUUUACAUGCAGUUGUUCUGUAAUAACUGUGAAUCUGUUAUUAUUAACAUUUAUGUGACUCCAACUUUUUGAGCUGCACUAUACAGUUAUGUAUUGGGGAUUUAUAACAGCAAUGUUAAAGAUGUUUAAAAUGGCCCUGCUCAAAUGAGCUUAGAAUUUAGGAAUUCACAUACAUAUGCAGCUGUACUAUACUUUAAAUUAAUAGGCAUGCAUGUGCUGUUAAAGAGACAGGGGGUUUGAAUAUGUAGGCCUCAAUGUUGCAACUUAGUUUGUCAAUUCAUCACAAUUAACUGUUUAGAGAAUAAACAUUUUUUAUGACAUACACAGUGCACUUUGUAGAAUGGCGGUUCGGGGAACUUAAAAACUGUGAGAUUUUGUAGUAUUGACUUAAACUUCUGCCCCCCUUCCAUUCAUGCUGAUUACAGGGAUCCCUGCACCUGUUAAUGUAUGCAAUUUGGGAACUGUCUCAUACUAUGUGUGUUUUUUUUUCCGCAUGGUGACAUCACAGGCUGUCUUGGGUCAUGGACAUCACUGAGUCAGCCAAUGGCUGAGCUUUUUUGAGGGGAGUGACGGAGGCAGAGCCCUGCAGGGGGGGCUUGUAGACUUCUAAC